AUGGGUCUGUUUGACAGAGGAGUUCAGAUGCUAUUAACUACUGUAGGGGCUUUUGCAGCAUUUAGCUUGAUGACAAUUGCGGUGGGCACAGACUACUGGCUGUAUUCCAGAGGGGUCUGCAAGACCAAAUCUAUAAGUGAGAAUGAAACCAGCAAAAAAAAUGAAGAGGUCAUGACCCAUUCUGGAUUGUGGAGAACAUGCUGUCUUGAAGGUACCUCAAAGGGCAUGUGCAAACAGAUUGACCACUUUCCGGAGGAUGCUGACUAUGAAGCGGAUACCGCUGAAUAUUUUCUCCGGGCUGUGAGGGCUUCCAGUAUAUUCCCCAUCCUCAGUGUGAUCCUGCUAUUCAUGGGAGGACUUUGCAUUGCAGCCAGCGAGUUCUACAAGACGCGACACAACAUUAUACUGAGUGCCGGCAUCUUCUUUGUGUCUGCAGGUCUGAGCAACAUCAUUGGGAUCAUUGUCUACAUAUCAGCAAAUGCUGGUGACCCGUCAAAGAGCGACUCCAAGAAAAACAGUUACUCGUAUGGCUGGUCCUUCUACUUUGGAGCUCUUUCCUUCAUCAUUGCUGAGAUGGUGGGGGUGCUGGCUGUCCAUAUGUUUAUCGACCGCCACAAGCAGCUAAGGGCCACACAACGGGCCACGGACUACCUCCAGUCCUCUGCCAUUACCCGUAUACCAAGCUAUCGCUAUCGUUACCAGAGGCGCAGCCGCUCCAGUUCCCGGUCCACGGAGCCAUCUCACUCCCGUGAUGCCUCCCCAGUGGGGCUUAAGGGCUUCAAUACCUUACCCUCCACUGAGAUUUCCAUGUAUACGCUGAGCCGUGACCCCCUAAAGUCGGCCGGGACCCCCACGGCCACUUAUAACUCGGAUAACAGCUUCCUCCAAGUUCAUAACUGUAUACCCAAAGAUAACAAGGACUCUGCGCACACCAACACAGCCAACCGCAGGACCACCCCUGUAUGA